AUGGAUGAAAUAAAUGAAUCAUUAAAAUUUUCAGAUUUUACAUCGUCCAAAUUUGGUAAUAAGAGGUUAAGAAUAAAUAAAACAGAUGACAAUAUAAAAUAUUUUGUUUCUCGUUUCAACGAUAAUUGUGAAAUAAACAAGUUAAGUUCACCCAUAACAUUUAUAUCUAAAGAUGAAAAUAACUUGGAAGACUCUUUAGAAAGUGAAAGAAAUAAUAAUACAUUUUAUUGGUUACUAAAUUCCUCCAAUGAAAAAAUAAAAAUAAAUCACAAAUCAUAUAUAUCUAAAAAAUGUAAUUUAGAUACAGAUGUUUUUUUUGUUCUAAUUGAGAAUGAAGAAUAUUCAGAUAUUUAUCCUCUUUCUAGUUGGCAUGUAUUUGAACCUGAUAUAUCAGCUAAGACAUUAAAUAAAUUUAACUCGGACCAUCCAAAUGAAAAAUUGAAAGCUGAAAAUAAUAAUAAAAGAUUAGAUGAUAUAAUAGAAAGACUGAAAAAUAAAGAAGAAAGCGCUAAAAUAAAUAAAAAAUCAAAAGAAGAAACUAAGAAAAAAAAAAAAAUAGUGCAAACAGAUUCUUCCUCAGAUGAUGAAGAUGAUGAUGAUUUAGGAUUAAAAAGACAAGAAAAAAAAAGGUUAAAAAAUUUGAUAAAAUUAAAAAGAGGAGACAGUAAAGAAGAAAUUGAAUAUGUAGAUUCAGCUUUGGCUAUUACAUCUCUUAGAAAAAAUAAAGUCAAUUGGGACUAUAAUGAUGAUGGAAAAAAAAGUGACGAUGAAGAUUUAAAUGUGGAAGAUUCCUGUCAAGAAGAAUUUGAUGACGAUGAUGAUGAAAAUGACGAUUCAGAUAACAAUUCCAAUAAUGAUGAAUCGAAAUUAACUUCUUAUGGUCAAGCUAUGAGGUCUUUGCUAAAACAACAAGUUAACGAUGAAGAAGAUGAUGAAUUAAAUCAGUAUUCUGAUGAUGACGAUGAUGAAAAUAUUAGUGAAAAAGAAAAAAUGGAUGUUAAAAAAAAGAAAUUAAAAAAUAAAACCAAAAAAAGUAACAAUGAUAAUGAUAAAAAACAAAAAUAUGAACAUAAAAAAAUAACAAAUGAAGAAGAAGAUGAUGAUGACGAUGAUGAUGAUGACGAUGACGACGACGAAGAUGAUGAUGACGAAGAUGAUGACGAUGACGAAGAUGAUGAUGAGGAAGAAGAGUCAAAAAAUAAAUUAGUAAAAAAUAAAAAAAAUUAUAAUUUCAAUGACUAUAUUAAAGAGAAGAUUAGAAAUAAAGAAAUACAAAUAAAGGAGGAAAAUUGUGCAAAAAUUUUAUUAAAAAUUAUUGAAAAAAAUAAUGGAAAAAUGGACAUAUUGACUCUAUUAGAUAUUUUAAAUAUUAAAGAAAAAAAUCAAAAUUUUCUUCUCAUACAAAAAUUUAUAAAAAAUUUAUGCAAUGUUAGCUCACAAACAAUAAAUAAUAAAAAAGUAAAAAUGAUAUCCGUGAAGCCAAAGUAUUUGCCAAAAUAA